AUGAGUAAAUCAAAGGACUCGUUGUCAUCGACAGUGAAGAGCUAUUUAGUCCGCACUAACCGUCCGUUCAGUGCCACCGAUGUCUUCAAUAACCUGAACACCAAAGACAACAAACUGAGCAAAACUGCGGUCUUUAAGACAUUGGAUGAGUUGGCGUCCAGACAGGAGAUCCAGGAGAAGGUGAACGGCAAACAAAAGGUGUAUUUCGCCGAUCAGAACAACUUCGACACCAUUGAUGACAAGCAGAUGAAGGAAUUGGACCUCGAAUUGAAUCAAUUGGACAAAGAGGUGAAUCAACUUCAAGACAAAGUCAAACAUAAAGAGAGUAGACUUUCGACGCAUAAGAAUUGCUUAACUUCUGAGCAAAUCAGUGGACAGUUGUCUGAACUGAAGGCUGAGAUCAAGGAUUUGCACAAAAGAUUGGAUUCAAUUGAUAGCAAAGCAAAAGAUUUUGAUCCGAAAGAGAACCAAAAGCUGAAGACUGAUCGACAGAAACUGGUGACCGAAUGGAGGAAACGCAAGCGAAUGGCCACUAAUAUGGUUGAUAUGAUUCUCGAGUCGUAUCCCAAACCCAAGAAAGCACUGCUCGAAGAGAUUGGUCUCGAAACCGAUGAGGAGCUGAAGGUGUCAUUGCCUCAGAUUUAA